GCGAUGACUUUGGAAAACCGAAAUAAACGAAUGAAGGACUAUAUACAAGGGGGCAAGCAGCUCAGCGGCUGGAGCAUGUGGGUGGCCCUGGAGACAUACAUGCAGCUCCAGGAGAAGUUUGGCUGGGAUGCCUUUAAGAAAGUGUUUGCUGCCUACCACAAGAUGAACAACUUUCCCAAAGAGAACAAAGGAAAGAUGAACCUGUAUGCAGAGACAUUCUCCCAGACUGUGAGCAUGAACCUGACUGGAUUCUUUAAAGCCUGGGGAUGGCCUAUCGAACAGGCCACUGAGGAGAAACUAUCCAGCCUGCCUGCUUGGACUGAUCAUCCAAUGGUCUGAAUGGCAAAGAGCUGAUUGUUACUGAGCACUGACGUGGUUAUGAGGACCAGUUUAGUUAGACGAACUUUAGUUUGGGGUAAAUUAGCUACAAGUCGUUAUGUUUUUCCUGCAUUUUCACCUUUAUGUAUAACAUUAAAAAGAGAAGGAUAUAUAUUGCAUGCACUUUUUACCUACUAAUAUGGCAUUCUAGGGAAGAGGAGAGCAGAAUAUAAAAACGUGGGAAAUGUUACUUUAAAUUAUUUGCACCCAUCACACCUGGGCAACGGAUUUCAGGAGUUGUUUCUGUAGCAACAAAGAUCUUAUGAAAGGGGCAUCAAGGGAUAAUUGUAUCUCAGAAAAAAAAAAAAAAAACAACAAAUGGAAGACCAAUGUGCUCAUAGGUUAUAUAGAUAGAUUUUGUAUUCAUGUUCCACACAAAUUAUAUUAGGAUGAUUUUUUCUAUGAAUUAUAUUGUUUUACUUAUUGCAAUAUUACAUGUUAAUCAUUGCUGGAAGAACUUAAUUUUGGGGUCCAUUUACAGUAUCCAAAAAGCUGGUACAUGGCAAAAAUCAAUAUAACAACAAAAACACUUUUGAACCUUUGAAGCAGGGAACUUCUUUUCUACCAUCUCUGCUAUCUCAAUCCCUGCUGCAGGGCGAAUACGAGCUUAUAUCAGUUAAAUUCAAAAACACUUUAUCUCAAAGGAAAAUUAAAUAAAUGGAUAUCAAAGAAGGAAGAAAAAGUUGUGCUCCUGCUCAGUUGUCUUAUUUCAUUUCCUGUGUUGCAUUUUUGUUGCUCUUGACGCUUUAAAUUGACUUUUAAAAUUAAAAUUUAAUAUGCCUUUGCUUUACAAGGGUCAUUAUGGAACAAAUAAUGCAAAAGUUAAUCAGCGAAACUCUUUUUUAUGCGUGUGUAACUGAGGCUUGUAGAGCCACAGAUAUUUCAGUUUUUUUGUUUUUUUUUUUUAAUUAAAGCAUGUUCUGUUUCUCAGGUGGAGUCUCAGAACAUAGAGGUCAUGUAGAAA